AGAGAGUGUCAACCGUCGUGUCACCAGCCCGACCAGAGCGGUCUCCCGAUGGCAAGCCGCGCUCUCUGGCGCCCUCUCCGGCCUACCGGCGGCACAGCGCACAGAGCGGGCUUGCCAACCACGAGCAUGGAGGAUCAGAGACACAGUCGCUCGGCUUCCCCCUCCCCUUCACUCAGCUCAAUGUCGGAACGUUCCGAAGAUGACGUCACAGAGCCUCGAAUCCCGUGUCGCUCCGCUUCCGAAGGAAAGGAAAAGCAACAAGAAGGAAGAGCAAUGGCGACACUGGAUCGCAAAGUGCCCAGUCCGGAGGCUUAUCUGGGCAAACCGUGGUCCAUCUGGAUCGACGCCGCUAAAAUCCACUGCUCCGACAAUGUAGAAGAGACUGGAAAAGAGGGUGGAAAAAGCAGGGAGGUUAUGAGGCUAAAUAAAGAGGACAUGCACUUAUUUGGACAUUACCCAGCUCAUGAUGAUUUCUAUCUAGUAGUAUGUAAUGUCUGCAAUCAGGUAGUGAAGCCCCAAGUAUUCCAGUCACAUUGCGAAAGAAGACACGGUUCAAUGUGCAAACCUUCCCCAUCUCCGGCUUCUCCUCCUUCCAACUCCAAUAGAGCAUCACACGUACAGAUGAAACCGAAAACCUGUAUCAGCAGCCAUAACCCUGUCAGCAGUAACUCAAAGCCAUUCAAAGCGCCCAAAGACAAUCUACUUACCUCCAACAACAAACAACACACAGUGUUCUCUUCUAAAGUGUCAAGAGAUAAACCAUGUGGCCCUGUUCCUGUUGUGAGCCUCGAGAAAAUCCCAAAUCUUGUGAAAACAGAUGGUGCCAAUGUUAAAAUGAAUUCAGCCACCACAACAGCAACUUCAACGUCCUCCCUCACCAAACAGUCUGUGGUACCGAAACCUGUGCCACCCUCACCUGAAAAGAUACUGAACGGGAAGGGACUCAAUACUCUAGAGAAAAAGCAUCAAAAUGGUACCAAAAACAGUAAUAAGCCUUACAAGAGACUUUCUGAAAGAGAAUUUGAUCCAAAUAAGCACUGCGGAGUUUUAGAUCCAGAGACGAAGAAACCAUGUACGAGAUCUCUCACAUGCAAGACACAUUCCCUUUACCACAGACGAGCAGUCCCAGGUCGUAAGAAACCAUUUGAUGUGUUAUUAGCUGAACAUAAAGCUCGAUCGAGGGAAAAAGAGGUGACUAAAGAUAAAGAACAUCCACCGAACGCCCGAGAAACCCACCAGAACCAGUCUGCACCAGCACAAGAACAGUCGUCAGGACCAUCUGUCAACGCCACACCUGAACCCAAAGUGACAUCCCCAGCAAAAGCCAGACCCCCUAACUCUGUCCUACCUAGACCAUCUUCUGCAAAUAGCCUCAACAGCACGAAUUCUUCAAACCAUACUGGGUUUGUGCCUGAGCCUGCUGUAAAUUCUGUGGCAGGGGAUCUGGCUAGUCGGCUCUCUAGUGACGAAGGUGAAGCUGAAGGUGCAGAAGAUACAGAAAAACUAGACUGUUACUACUCUGGGCAUCAUCCUAAGCCUCUUGCGUUCUGCUCAUUUGGGAGCCGCUUAAUGGGACGAGGGUACUAUGUGUUUGAUAGAAGGUGGGAUCGAUUUCGGUUUGCGUUAAAUUCCAUGGUGGAAAAACACUUGAAUUCACAGAUGUGGAAAAAAAUUCCUCCAGCUGCGGAUAGUCCAAUGCCUUCUCCAGCAGCACAUAUUGGCAGUCCUUUUCCUGCAUCUGUUCUGCAGCCUUUCAGCAGCCCAAGUUCAGUGUACCUACCCUCCCCACCUCCAAAUUCCAGAACCACCUCCCCUUAUAUGUUGUCCAGUACAUCCUUUGUUUCAACGUCCGACACAAACUCUGUUGCGUCACACACCACAGCAUUCCCCCAUGUCACGACGACGCUAAAUAUCAUGGACUCCACUUUCAAAGCCCCUUCUGCCAUUUCCCCCGUGCCAACCACCAGCCCAUCACACAAACCGUCAAAAUCGAAACCAGGCAAAUCUAAAGCAAAAGACCUGUCUUCACGGAGUGAUGAGCCUUCAAGUAACAAAAAGAAAAAGCCUCAGACGCCUUCUUCCACCUCUUCUUCAUCGUUACCUUUGCAGACGUCAUCCUCAUCUACGUUUUCAGGGUCCCACAAGAAAAACUGCGUUUUGAACUCUAAUGCGACAAUAAACUCUUAUCAGGCGACUUCUUCCUUUAAUAGUGUGUCCGUGCACAAUGCAAACAAUGGAACAAGCCCAAUUAGUGCCAAACUGGAAUCACCAGGAAGGACUUCUUUAUCUGGUAGCUCAACAGACUCCAUAAAACAUAUGAGUAUGGUUGUUAGCAGUAUUGACUCAAGCCUGUCAGUGUCUUCCCUUGUACAUCACCCUGGGGAGCAUACACUGGCGGUUCACAAUGCAGUGUCCUCGCUGCCUCUGCCCUUUGACAAAUCUGAGGGUAAAAAGCGUAAAAACUCAAGCGCAAGCAGUAAGGCCUGCAAAAUCACUAAAAUGCCUGGUAUGAACAGUGUUCAUAAAAAGAGCACCACCAACCUUAUAUCUCCUGUGCCAGAUCCACCAAACAGCUCCAUGUCAAGACAGAUGGGGAAAAGUAGCAGCGUAGCUUUGUCACAGUCUACUACUUCAAGUACAUCAAAUACUGCACACAACAAACAAAAGACGACGAACCGCACUGGCAGAAUACGAACACUUCCAUGACGCUGAAAAAUAUUCAGACAAGUACAUUGAGAUAUCUGCAGCCCUUCAUGAGCUCUUCAUUGGCAACGAGCAGGGGCAGUGUGUCGCCUUUCACAACUACAUAAUGGAGACGUAUUAGUCUAAAGUUUACAGAACCAAACUGGGUGUUUUUGCUUUGCCAUUUAUGGUUGGUGAAUUACUUUUUAAGUAGAAAUCAUUCUUCUUGGUCACAAGGGUGUUUUCGGAGAAGAGACCGUUCUGCCUAGAGACCUUUGCUUCAAGAAGGAUCAUCUUCCCCAGCCUUUAUGACCAGGAAACGGUCAUAGCAGCAAUGUCUGUACUCCUUUUUUUUGUUUUUCCUCCUCUUUAUUUCACCAUUAUAAUAUGUUACAUGAAAGAGAACUGCAGCAAGGAAUGGAUGGCACUGGGGUGAAAUCACAGGUUGUUCCAAACUACAUCUGUUACUGUUUUCUGGUAGAUUACAACCAUGAAUAGACCCGUUGGAGCCUUGGGUAUUGUUUAAUGGCCUCUUGUGAUGGGAGAUGAACUGAAGACAGCUGCUCUGCUCAGGGGAUUGUUAUGAAUGGCAAAGUAGUGAAUUGGCAAGACAACCUCCUUCAUUUUAAAAGUCUUCCUUUCCUUGACAUCAAACUGCAACUUUUCAUAGAAAAAACUACUGGAAGUAAAAACAUAACAUCAUGAAGUAUAAAGGGGGAAUAUUACAUUUCCAUAUUAAAAAAUAUAACUCAUUCCUCUAUUCAUGAGCAGCACAUUAAAGUUUCACUUUGCUGUUUCAUUAGAAGGACAUGGGCAGCAGAGCAUUGUCUUACAGAGCAUCUCCCAAUUAGAUUGCUGUUUUCAGGUGAUUAGAUGUACGUUGGUGUAAUCAUGCUGUGUGCUGAUUAGAGGGACUUCUCGGUUACAUGGAUAAGAGUGUGGGGACAGUAAGGUCCACUUCUGGUGAUGACACUGGAAAUUCAUGUUGGCAUAUUCUAGGUCCAUUUAGUAAUAUGGUGCAGAGAUGGCUUGUGGUUCCUCAUUGCAACAAACAAAAAGAAGCAUUUAUUGGUCUAAUUAUGCAGUAAAAGCCGAUCCAUUUUAUUGUCCUUACUGACAAGUGUGUCACUGCUGUUUACACCAUGUUAUUAAAUAUUGUCCUCUGACUCCAAAUGUUGGUCCUGGUCCUUGAGCCCCUGUUAAGAAGACUAAUAAGUAUUUUUCAUCAAGUAAAUUGAUAUGUAUUUUAUGUUGUAACAUUUUGGUUGCUAAUCCAGUCUACAAAGAAAAACUGGCCAAAUACUAUGCGGAUAUCGGCCAGUUUCUGAUGAACUGCCCAAAAUGUAAUACAUGGGUGGCCACCUUCCGAGAGAACAGCCUUUAUCCUUUGCUGUAUAGUGUAGAUGGAGGAAUCUGUUUUUUCAUUUGGCUUGCAGGCAGAACAAAAAAAUUAUCUAGCAGUUUAUGACCAGCUUAAGGGAUAAGUUCACCUUUCUGAACAUGUUACAUGUUACGCCCAUAUUUAGGGUGUAACAGGUAACAUUUUCAGCAUCAGACAUUUCUCCACCCAAUCCCCACCUCCUUGUGGCAGCGAGUCAGGGAUCUUCUUCCUGUACUUGCUGCCACAAUUCAAAGAGUGUGGGGCUGUGUAGGGCUCCGUCCACAUGGCCAUGUCAUUGAUUUACAGGUUCCUGUAAAUCGAUGAACUACAAGUACCGUCAGCCUUUGCGGCUAUCAGCUUGUAGUUGUCAAAGAACUACCAUGGCGUGUUGAGUGCUGUGGUAGGUCAUUGAUUCUUCCAGUCAGUGGAAAACUGCCUUCCUAUUUAGUGUACAGGCAGACAGCUUACACUGACAGUGUGUAGGAGUCCUGCAUGGCAUCAGUGAUCUGCUGAUCGCAGAUGCAGUGCUUUCCAGGCUCCUAAAACAAAACAUUGUAAAUGCACUUUUUUUUUACCUACAAAAAAUGUGCAUUUAUCAUUUUUUUGUUGAAGGGAAACUUAUCCUUUAAAUGAAAGAUCUAUAUCAUAGUAACUGCUAGAAACAAAGUACCUGGGAGAUGAGAUUUCAGUUCCUCUGUGCUUUGGUAGCACUUGCUGUAUGCAUACCUGUAAAAUACACCUUAAAUAUAUCAUUUAGAGAGAUGUUAUAAUUUUGGUGAAUAAUCUUCCAUUUUUUUUGCAAAUGGAUUAUAUCUUUCGAUUCCCUUCAUAAUUUGAGGGUGUGCCAGAAGCCUCAAAUCAUGUUGCUUAAUUUUUUUUAAUCAUUUUUGCACACUUCAGCCAAUACAGUUCGAUCAGUCUGAUCUCGUUGAUUGUAGUAAUAUGCAAAUGAAUGCACAUAAUGACAGAAGGGACACAGUUGCAAUUUGUAGUUUUUGAAGGUGCGGUCUAUAGGGAUAUACAUUAGGUGCACUUGUUGUAGAAGUGCAACUCUUUAUUUGUCCAUAUAUUUGAGAUCUCUUUUAUUAGAAAAUCUGGUCCUGUUCCGGACACUGUUUGCAUUGCUAUUAUUGAACUACCUAUUCCUUUUUUUUGCCCUCUUUACAUCAAACAUUUCCUCCUUCACUAUGAAGUAUUUUGAUGUUAGCAUCAUCAUAGUUGAUGGGGUAGUUACCGGUACUUGAAAGUUGCAUCAAACAAAAACUUUUCUUUACUUCAUUUGCAAACCACUCUAGCAAAUGAAUAACCUACUAUUGCUUUGUAGGCUUAGCAACAAAAAACCCUUAUCUUCCACAGAAUGAAGUGGAGUUGCCCAAAUCAGGGGUUCAAUGUUUUAUUUAGGCUGUAAAACUCCAGUUAAAAAUGUGCCAUCCAGCAAGUUGCUGCAGUGUUACCCUAUGUAAUAUGUUUAUAUUGGGCUACUGGACCAAGGAAUUCUACUUUGGGUGUUUUUGGUUUAUAUUUGCAACAGAUUUUUUAUUUAUUUUUUAAAGACCUCAAGGCUAAACUGUUAGGCACGGACUGAUGAAGUAAGGAAGAGCUGAUUUUGACCUGUACAUUUAUCUCACUUCCAUGUUGCUGAUCAAUUUCUGAAGAAUAGUUGGCUAGGACACUUUAGAGACCUUCACCCUGUGCCAUAGUCUCUGUAGAUUUCCCCAUUGACUUCUGUGAGGUCAGCACCGAGGGAAAAGGAGAUUAAGUUAUGGGUUGCAGACUCCCAAAGCCAUUUUGACUGUGAAUUGCAAGGAACAAAAUCAGAAACAUGAAGGGGAGAUAAUUUCCACAGUUUGCGUAUGUUUGUCCCACUCCACCAGCCCCUGUAUAAUAGUUUAAUGUAUUGAUUUUUGAUUUUUUUUUAAAUAUGAGCCUUACAUGAGAAAAUUCCAAAUUGCAGAGGCCAAGACACUGCCAGAGUUUGAAGACUGCAUUGUACAAGAUCACUUUUGAUGACCUGCUAUCUUCUGUUCCACUGCAAAGUCUGCUUCACCCUUUGUCCAAACCUGUGUGUAUGAAAGCUUUGCAAAUUUCACUCAUACCGAACUCUUUCUGUCUCAACAGUGUUAAAAGUGCACUUAAUAUGUUGGCUUAAUUUACAUCAUAAUGGUGGGCUUGUUUUUCCGAUACAGCUUCAUACAGUAACUAAUAAUAUAUUAAAAAAAAGUUAUGAAUUAGAGCUAAGAUUGUUCAGGGGAAAACAUUAAGGAUACUAAGGACUUUUUUUUUUUGUUGUUGUUUAGUGUUAAUUUUAUAAUAAUUUAUGUUUUGCUGAAAUGAUUGAGACUGAGUAAUGCAACUUAGGAAAGUCAGAGCAAUGUUUAUAUUUUUUUUAUAUGCGUUAUGUUGUAUAUUUCUAAAGAUGAAAAUAAUCUGUACAUAUCUUGGUUAUUUUUGCACAUUUUUUUUAAGAUUGUAAGCAUCUUACAUAUGGUCAUUAUUUAUUUAUUUUUUGUUCUUUUUGGUGUGCUGAAAUUGAGGAUUGAAAAUCAUGCCUCUUCCUUUGCUGCUUUACAUUCCUUCCUUUAAUUACCCAUUUCUUCCUAAAACUUGGAAUAUACUUUUUCUUUGAACUGUAAAUCAGUGAGCCUAUCCCUCCUCUGCCCAAAGGUCCACGCAGGGGAAAUGUAAAGGUAAUAAUAUCAAUUCCAUAUAGCACUAAUGCCUCAAAGAACCUAUGGUUAGAAUACAGCCAAUGCCAAUGGUAAAGCAAUACACAUAAGCUUGGUUUCAUUUGCCAUCAGCCAUGGAAUAUUUGAAUUGGGAAGUUGUGCCCUACAACCAUGCGUGUUUCUGAAAUUUUUGGCCUCUCUCAAGUCAAGCGAAUGGUCUCCCUUUUUCUGGAAUGUCUAUUGAGUAAGUUGUUUGCUAAAAAUAAUAGGAUAAAACAGUGCCUUGUACAAUGAGGGGUACGACUACACUUGCAAAUUCCAACAGAUUUUUUUGUCAGUGUUGCUUUAGACUUCUGGCAAAAUGUAGUGAAAGCCAAGGGGUCUUCGUCUUAAAUAGGGAGUCAUCUAAAACUCUGCAGCAAGUGGAGGAACAUACAAGCUUGAGAGCCUUAUCUGUACAAGCAUACCAGACACACAAUAUGAUCAAACUGGGUAGCUGCAGAGCAAGCUAUACUUUUUAAGGGUUAUUGUGGUUCUAUUGAAUAUCUCAGCGUCGAAUCGCUCUAUCUGCAAAGUUUAAUGCUUAUACAAUUUUCUGGGGAUUAAGAAAUAUUGGUGUGCUCUUAGUAUAGUCACCUGGAAAGUACAAGGCUUGCUCUGUCUUCCCAGUUUGCCAUAGGUUGAUUCAUGUACCUCUAAUAUAUAAUGAUGAUGAUUCAUAAGCCUCAUAAGCAUCAGAUUUUGUUUUGUUUUCCAAGUUCUGGAUAGAGAGUAGCAAUUGAUUGAUCGUUGUGUACUUCCUCUGCUUUAGCUUCCAGAGGUUACUCCCCUAUAAGAGUGCAUCCCUUUUAUGGGUAGAAGAUAUUUGGAGAGUGAAAAUUUCUGUACUUGGAACCAUUACAAUGAAUCGUUCCUACUGAUGCUAUAAGUCUAAUGUUUUACCAUCUGAAUUGGUCUUUACUACCACUUAUUAAGUUGCUUUCUAACAGUAGGGAUCAAAUUGCACUGACUACUACAGUGUUGGGUGAAAAAGGUGUUUUGUUACAUAAAGUAGUAUUAUAAUAGCCCAUCAAUUGGUGACAUUUUUCUUUAGUCCUUUAGAGUUCAUAUUACUGAUACAUUUUACUGCCUUAGUGUCCUGCAACAAUACAGGGAAAUAACCUGGAAAAUCUUAGGUCUAUAUAAACGGUUUCAGUCAUGUUCAAGCUCCGUUUAAAAUGAACCAAAAUAUAUCCUGAUCCAACUUUGUAUUUUAUUCUUUACGAAUCUUUGAUAGGGAAUUCUGGAAUUUCUUGCCACUAGUAAUUAGUAUAUUAAAAAGCUGAGUUUAUUAACUUCUGUUAAAAGAAAAA